GCGUGACCAUUCUUAUUUCCUCUGUAGUAUAGUAUAAUUCACUAUACCACCGUUGAUCAUAUUGACAUUCUUAUUUUAUAUCUUACCUACCCGAAAUUGUUUUGAACAUCAUUUGGAUUAUUUCAGAAAAAAGACCGAUAAAGUAAUUGCUGUUAGGUCCUCUUCGAAAUAUGUUAAUAAAACAUGUAGUGAAAAACAAUCCUCUUAGAAUAGUUCCAUGAAUUGAUUAGAAGUGGAAAGAAAGACGCAGAUCUACGUGCCUUGUGGAAAUUAAUACAAAAGUCUACAUCUUACAAACCGACACAUGUAAACUCAUCGAUCAAAAGGGAAUGUUUGUUUUGCUUCUCUCUGCCUUUGAGUCUCGAGCCAUCACGAAGGUUAGACCGAACGACGGUACGAUUACUUGACGACUUUAUUUCAAAGCACGUAAUUGAAGCAAACAAUGGCUGGCAGUGGAGAACUUUGGGUACAAUGCUUUACCUGUUGUUUGAUGCAACAAGGACCAAGGACACGGAAUGGAAGACAGAGGUCACAUCAAAGGUUAAGGAUAGAUCGUAGCAUGAUAGGAGUACCUACAAACUUUAGGCAUACCGGACAUAUUAGCAGUGGAGAUCUCGAUAUGAGCAAUGCACAAUUGUCAAAUAUUCAAGCACAAAUGCAAAUGAAAGGAGGCUAUGACAAUGCAUACAGUGUCAAGGCAUGUUGAAAACAAUUAUAAAGCAGUUUCAGAUUGUUCUGCAAAUAAUCUUCUGACAUAACUAAAAAAAUGACUAAUUUUUAACAUUUAUGAUCUUUAUAUGAAGGACAUACAUGCCGUUACAUUGUAUUUUCAGAAUAUGCUCAAAGAAAGUACUUUGAAUAUGUUUAAGAUUAACACAAACAAAAGCUUUGUAAACACACAAUGUAAAUCAUUUUUAUUUUUUGAUGUAUCUUAAGUAUAUUACACUAAAAGUUACUCUCAUGCAGAGAUAAUUUCGCAAUUGAAAUUAGCAUUUUAAUUGUAAAUAAGUAUUUGACUUUCAUACUAUUUGAAUCUCCAAUUUUAUACAUAGUAAAGACUGGAUACCUAAUAGAAACAGAAACUGCCAUAUUGUACACAACUUCUUCCAGGUGCAUUUUUUACUUACAAUUAUACUUCCAUUAAAAGAAAAUCGAUGUUUGUUAAUGUAAAUGGUAAUGUAAUAACAUAAUAACUGUUAUAUGACAUGUUAAUCAUAUUUACUUGUUUUUUUUUUUUUUUUGGAUAUGAGAAGAACUUUUAUAGUAGUAGAUUUCUCGUUAAUAAGUAUUAGAUACUGUUCUUAUAAUUGCAAGUGUGAAUGUAAGUACUCCGUGUUACUAGGUAGUGUUUUUGUAAAAAGAAAAGAAUGUAUUCUGCAUAGCUCACCUGUGCUGACUAAUCGAUAGAUAUUUUUAGCGUAUAUAUGGUGAACGUUCAUGUUCGCAAAGCACGGCCCAUUUUUCCUACUUCUGUAUUCAUCCUUGAAUAGGGUGUAUAAACCUAUAUUAGGUAAUUUUCGGAACGUAGAUGUGUCAAAAAUUGAGAAAAUGAUUUAUAUGUAUUUGCCUAGUCUAUAACCAUUCUAUUAAACCUCAUGAAUUAUGCUAAUCAUUGUUUGUUAUAUUUUAAAAUUACAAAUUGUGAUCUCUCGAGGAUAUAACCAUGGACCAUGUGAAAGAAAAGGAAACAGGGGGUAUUAAAGAAAUUCUCUUAGUGACCAAUGUAGAUCUAUAAAUUUGCUGGAUGACUCAGAAAAAUAUUCUUAAUUUAAACGUACAUGUAAUUUCUUGAAUACAUCUUUAUCCUCUGUGCAUCACAAAUUAUUUAUGCCUUCGAAAUUUAGAUAAAAAGAAUGUUCCAUAAUGUAUAAACAUUGGAUCACUUGUAGAAAAUUUUGCGAAAAAAUAAGGAAUAGAAUAAAAUUGUAAGUACUGUAUUUAAUGUGUAAGAAUAAACUCGCGUAUUGACAAAUUAGAACAAAGUGGAUCGCUUGGAUGUAAAUAUACAUAUAUAUUCCAUAUGUUUUUGCGGAGUAUAUUGUUUCACUUUCUUUGUAUUACAUAUUUUUCAUAACAAAUAUAAACAUUAUAAUCUUUGUUUUAUGUAGGAUAUAACUGGUGAACAAGUACACAAGAAACAAUAUUCUUAAACUAAGAAUCACAUUAUCGAUGUCACUAAUAUAUCAAAUAGUAUCACAUGAUAUAAAGUCAUUUCAUUUCUACUACAAAACUGUUUGCAAUCGUAAAAAAAUGUAUAAUUAUAAGAAAGGAAGUAUAAACACAUUGAGAUAAAUUGUACUGUAAAUGUUUAGAUAUGUACAUAUAUCAAUACACUGUUCUUUUAAAUUAGUUUUCGAAUAUCCAUAAAAUAUGGAUAAUCGGAAAAAUGCCUACGAGUAUUUUAAUUUCUUAUAAGUUUAGAUUCAACAACUAAUAAUAAGCUGAUAAACUUAACUUA